AUGUCCGACGACGAAUCUGAGCAGCCCAUCUUGAAUAUAGGGACAUAUACAGGCCCUCGGAACGAGUUGGGUGAGCGUCAUGGCCGAGGAAGGUGUGUAUUCCCAAACAAAGAUGUCUACGUAGGCGAUUAUGAGAAUGGCCUCCGCAAUGGCAAUGGAACAUACCGCUGGGCGUAUCUAGGCGUAAAGUAUAAAGGUGAAUACAAGAAUGGUGCCAGAAAUGGGUAUGGGACAAUGAACUACACCAACGGAACCGUCUAUGAAGGCAAUUGGGUAGACAGCAAGCGUGAAGGAAAUGGAAAGAUCACCUAUCCAAACUUGGAUUAUUAUUCAGGGGAAUUCCACAAUGGUCUCCCACACGGAAAGGGUGAGUAUUAUUAUAAAUCAUGCGAUGUCAAAGUUAAGGGUCAGUUUGAAUACGGGCGGAUAGUCUUCGGCGAGAUGAUUCUGCGGGACGGAUCUAAGUAUGAAGGUGAGUUUCGCCUGAACCAACCUUUUGGUAAGGGAGCGUGGAUAGUGAAUGGAUGGAAGCAGGAUGGCUCGUACAUUGAGAUAAACCCUCCACCCAAAGAGGUCGACGACGAGGGCAUCGAUGAAGAGGCAGAGGAAAAGGAAGAGGCGGAAGAAGAGCAAAUAGAGGACCCAGAAAAGUCCAUUGAAGAAGAGGCUGACGAAGAGGCUGGGGAGGAGAAGAAGGAGGACAUGGCCACUGAUCGAAACUUGCAGAAUCUCCUUCCCCCUAAGCGUAAGCGUAAAACAAUCAAGAUGGUACUUCCGAAGAUGGAGCCUCUACGAACACUAAAGCUGAAGUGGGUCCCGAGAGGUCUUCCCGUUCCGAUAAAUGCGUAA